AUGUUUCUUUCUCUUUUAGUUCACUUUGUCUUCGCAUCCCUUGUCUCAUGCUUGAGAUUCGACAAGGCGUAUCUUGGCUACAAUCUCAACGAGAAUCAAUCAGCUACCGCACCUUUAGAAUACUGGGGAGAAUGGAAGGGUCAUGAUUUCCACCCGUCACCAUCUAACUGGAGGUUUCCAUUCUACACUUUGUUCUUGGACCGGUUCGUCAAUGGAGACCCAACGAAUGAUGAUAUCAACGGUACGGUAUUCGAACGUGAUCCGCAAAGCAAUCAGCUUCGACAUGGGGGUGAUUUGGCAGGCUUGGUCGACAGUCUCGAUUACAUUCAGGGGCUAGGUGUAAAGGGUGUCUACAUCGCCGGUUCACCAUUCAUAAACGACGCUUGGAAAGCCAAUGCGUACUCGCCGUUGGAUCUAACCCUCCUUGAUAAGCAUUUUGGGGAUAUUACUGCAUGGCGAGCCGCAGUGAACGAAAUCCACAAGCGGGGCAUGUAUGUCAUUCUCGACAAUACGAUGUCAACCAUGGGUGAUUUGAUAGGCUUCAACGGCUUCCUCAAUUCCACGGCACCCUUUCGGCCAGAGGAACAUAAGGUGUCGUGGAAAAGCGACCGACAGUAUCACGACUUCUCGUUCGGGAACACCUAUAAAGAUAAAUGCGAAUAUCCUCGAUUUUGGAAUGAGUCUGGACUCCCGGUGUUGAAAGAAUCCAGCCCAAUUUUUAAAGAGCUGGCUGGAUGCUAUGAUAGCGAAUUUGAUCAGUAUGGCGAUACAGAAGCGUUCGGCGUCUUCCCUGAUUGGCAGCGCCAGCUCUCAAAAUUCGCCUCCGUCCAAGACCGCUUACGAGAAUGGGUUCCUUCAGUACGAGAGAAGCUCCAACACUUCUCGUGCAUGACGAUAGCAAUGCUUGAUAUCGAUGGUUUCCGUUUUGACAAGGCCACACAAGUCACUGUAGAUGCCCAAGCCGAAUUCGGAGACUACAUGCGGCAAUGCGCUCGGAAGUAUGGCAAAAACAACUUCUUCAUGCCCGGUGAGAUCACUGGGGGAAACUCUUUUGGUUCCAUUUAUAUUGGACGAGGGAGACAGCCUGAUCAGGCCCCUAAGAAUAUGACGCUAGCUAUCUCACUGACGAACAGUUCCGAUGACAAGUGGUUCCUUCGGGCUCCGGGCAAGAAUGCGCUCGACGGGGCAGCCUUCCACUAUAGCAUCUACCGAUCACUCACGCGGUUCCUAGGAAUGAGUGGAAAUCUAGCUGCUGGCUACGAUGUCCCAAUAAACUUCGUAGAUGCUUGGAACACCAUGCUCACCACGAAUGACAUGAUCAAUGCUGAAACGGGAGAGUUUGAUCCAAGACAUAUGUAUGGCGUAACGAAUCAGGAUGUUUUCAGGUGGCCUGCUAUCAGCCAUGGUACCGAGAGAAUGUUGCUCGGUCUCUUUGUCACAACGCUUUAUAUCCCAGGCAUCCCGCUCCUGCUCUGGGGCGAGGAACAAUCUUUCUAUGUACUAGACAGUACAGCCGACAAUUAUAUUUUUGGGAGACAACCCAUGUCGUCUGCGUUAGGCUGGCAGAACCACGGCUGCUACGGCCUGGGUAGCUCACAGUACCACGACUUUCCUCUCGAUGCCGCGCUCCAUGGCUGCCACGAUGAUACCGUAAGCCAGGACCACCGAGAUCCUUCGAGUCCCGUCCACAACAUCAUUAAGACAAUGUACUAUCGGCGAACCCAGUACCCGGUUCUGAACGAUGGCUACUUCCUUCAAUCACUCUCAAAUCGAACUCGUCUUGUCCAACUCCCAGGAUCAAAUGGAACUGCCACCGAGUUCGGCAUAUGGAGUGUAAUGAGGGAUCAAUAUCCCGGAAUCCAGAAUUUAACCAGCAACACAACUCAGAUGGUUUGGCUGGUUUACCAAAACGAAGACCAUGAUGUCAAAUACAAAUUCGACUGUAAAUCCAAUGACGCACUGAUUUCUGCAUUCGAUGAGGGCACAACUCUGAAGAAUCUUCUCGCUCCCUACGACGAAGUCGAACUCAGUGCCAGUGACACAAAGCUAGGUAUUGAUGGUUCUGAGAAGUUCAAUGGCUGCGUGGAGGAACUCGACAUGAAGGCCUGGGACUUCAGGGUUUACGUACCAAAAGAGAGCUGGCUUCCUCCGGUACCGUUGAUCACGAAAUUCCUUCCAGGGCACGACGCUCAGAUCGAGUCCAAACUCCCCCUGAGUGCUGAAAAUGCCGUUGAAAUCGAAUUCCAGUUCUCUGAGCCAAUGGAUUGUAAUCAGAUCGCCGACAACCUACUCAUUACAUCCGAUACUGAGGGACCUCUAUCCGCGACCCUGGACAAAGAUUCUGUUCAAUGUUCCAACGUCUCGAGUUCCAAUCCCUCCCGUCUAGUUGGCGGUGUCGUCUCGACUUGGACAUGGAAAAGCACGUUACGCAGCGUUUCGCAUGGUAUUUAUACGAUCACCGUUCGUAAUGCUAGCACAGAGGACGGGGUACGUUUCACAAAUUCUAACGAUCGCUUCAUGAUUAGGGUUGGACAUAAGGAUAACCCUAUGGUCUUCCCUCGAGCUGCAAACUACUCUACCGGAGUCCUGUACAAGGACUCAAAUGGCCUGCACGUAUCACAUCUAGCAUCUGGCGCGAACAAAUGGAGAUACUCACUGAAUUGGGCGUCGAGCUGGAGCGACUGGAUGGACUACAAAGGCGGCAACACUAGCUUGGCUAAGCAGCCUUGGUCUGGGACGAAGCGCCAGAAAUGGGAAGGCGACCACGUCGUACUUCAAUACUGGAACCGGAUAACUGGAAGCAGCGAUCAUGUUCAACACGCAGACGCAAAUUGGAGAGGCCCUUCAAGACGAUUCCCGCAUUUGUUUGCCCACGGUUCGUUUAACGAAUUUGGCUUUGACAGCGGUCUCGAUAAUUCAUUUCGGCAAGACAACGAUGGCAAAUGGAAGUUCCAUCUGAUGACUGAGUGGCCUUCAACCAUUCAAGUCAAUGUGUGGGGUCUGAAUCCGGAUGGCAGGCCUGAUGCAGGAUUCGUUAUGGGCGACAUCGACAAUGAUGGUGUGAUGGACCGACAGCCUCCGGAUUCGGUUGCACCGAAUGUGCUCAACAUGUCCCUACUACCAGCCCCUCCACAUUUGGCCUAUCGAAUUGAUAUUGAUGAUGCCAAUAUGACCUACAAAUUUGUCCCAACUGGAAAUAGGGCCAUUCAGGUGCUCAUGUUUGGGCUUCUUUGGUCACUCCCAGUGUUAACUGCAGCGGUUAGUAUAUGGGUUUACAUGGGCGCUUUCUAUGGUGUAAAGUUUAACAAGAUCGGAGUCACCAAACAAACUUUCGCCACGCUAUCCUUUUGGCGUCGCAACACAUUUGAAAGACUCCCCGACGAAGAGAUGGAAGAAAGGCAGAAAUCUCACCUCCAUCUCGGCUUCCCGAGGUCGCGAGAUGCCUCUCCAGCGCCAGCAUCUACCAUUUCCUUUGGGGCUGCGAAGAAAAGGCCCAUGAUCCUCAUCGCGACAAUGGAGUACGACAUCGAAGACUGGGGAAUUAAGAUCAAGAUCGGUGGUCUAGGUGUGAUGGCGCAGCUUAUGGGCAAGAAUUUGCCUCAUCAAGACUUGAUCUGGGUUGUUCCCUGCGUCGGAGGAAUUGACUAUCCUAUCGAUACUCCGGCAGAUCCAAUGACGGUGACCGUUCUCGGUACUGCGUACGAGGUCCAGGUGCAGUACCACAAACUCAACAACAUCACCUACGUGUUGCUGGAUGCACCAAUCUUUCGACAACAAUCUAAAUCUGAGCCAUACCCUCCAAGAAUGGAUGAUCUUGAUUCUGCCGUAUACUACAGCGCCUGGAACGCCUGUAUUGCUGAAACAAUCAAGAGGUUUCCCAUCGACUUGUACCACAUUAACGAUUAUCAUGGCGCUGCGGCACCCCUAUACCUACUUUCCGAAGGACGAACAAUCCCCUGUGCACUAUCACUCCAUAAUGCAGAGUUUCAAGGACUAUGGCCAAUGCGCACACCUCAGGAGCAGCAAGAAGUGUGUCGUGUCUUCAAUUUAGACCAGUCGAUUGUGGAGAAAUACAUCCAAUUUGGAGAAGUCUUCAAUCUCCUGCACGCCGGAGCAAGCUAUCUCCGAGUCCACCAACGCGGAUUCGGAGCGGUUGGGGUGUCGAAUAAAUAUGGCAAAAGGUCUUACGCUAGAUAUCCAAUCUUCUGGGGUUUGAAGGAAGUCGGGAAAUUGCCGAACCCGGACCCUAGCGACACGGCACCAUGGAGUGGAAAGGAAGAGACCGAGAUCAUCACGGUUGAUCCGGAGUACGAAGCUGGUCGCGGAGAGCUGAGAAGACAGGCUCAAGAGUGGGCGGGUCUUGAGGUAGAUCCCGAAGCUGACCUCUUCGUAUUUGUUGGCCGGUGGAGUAACCAGAAGGGUGUCGACCUUAUAGCAGAUGUAUUCCCCGCUGUCCUGGAAAAACAUUCUAAAGUACAAUUGAUUUGUAUCGGUCCUGUCAUCGACAUGUAUGGGAAAUUCGCAGCAUUGAAACUCGGGAAGAUGAUGGAGAAAUACCCCAAGCGGGUCUUCUCGAAACCAGAAUUCACAGCUCUUCCACCGUAUAUCUUCAGUGGCGCGGAAUUUGCUCUCAUUCCCUCUCGAGAUGAGCCGUUUGGACUCGUAGCUGUCGAGUUCGGCAGGAAAGGAGCGCUUGGUGUCGGUGCUCGAGUUGGAGGGCUAGGUCAGAUGCCUGGAUGGUGGUUCACAGUUGAGUCGACCACUACUCAACACAUGCUACAUCAAUUUAAGUCAGCGAUCGAAGAAGCCUUGUCCUCAAAAACAGAGGUAAGAGCAAUGAUGAGGGCUCGAUCCGCCAAGCAACGGUUUCCAGUGGCGAAGUGGGUUGAGGACCUCAACACGCUCCAGCAAACAGCGAUCCGCAUACACAAAGAAGAAAAGGAUUCAGUUCAUCAUGGGAUCUUCCGUCCACGUUCGAGGUCAUCCACGAAGAAUCUAAUGCCCGACGAUUCGUUCUUUUAUCCAGCGUCUCGAGCAGUUAGCAACGACCGGUUAUCCACUUACGAAGCCCGGGACAGUCGCGAUGAUUCCCCUGGACCAUCAACCGAUAUCCGCAGUAGCAAUCUGCAACACAGUCUCUCUCUUGGUCUUCGAUCUGGACCAGGCCAUCUUGCAAGUCUUAGACCCGAACCACCGCUACAACACCGCGACACCUCUUCGCGCCCACAAACGCCAGAGAUCCAUGAGAUUAGCCCAGAGGGUCUACCACUGGGGAGCCAGCCAACUCUAUAUAAUAAUGACGAGCUCUUUAUUAGCCGCCACCAGGCCGAAGCAAAUUAUCGAGAAGUAGAACUGCAACGCACUAUGAGUGCCCUUGAAGGUGGCCUAAGAGAGUCUUCAGACGAUGCGCAUCUUUCAAGGGGACGCAGUAAAUCACGCACUCCCCGUCCACCUUUUCUCGACGAGGGGUCGGUCUCGAGGUCACGGUCAAGGCAUGGCCUUCUUGAUCCAGGCUCCCUUCCGCUGCGUGUGAAGUCUUCACACCACAGACGCACCCGGUCGUCUGCCCUUGACUUGAAGGAUAUCAAAGGUAAUAAAUCAGACUUUAGUCUGCAAAAAGUAAAUCCGACUUUUAAUGAUACAACGGGCGUAUACUACAACAAGUUUGAGACCAUGCUUAGUAACCUGAGCGGCAAGACAUCCGAAACUAGUCUCUGCGUCGAAGAAUUCCUAGUCGAAAGCGAAAAAGAAUGGUUCAGAAAGAUGCGCAACGAAAGACUCAGAAGAGGAAAUCGACGAUUAAGCCCCAGUCCUAGCCCCGCAUGGCCUCGAUCCAGCUCCCAAAGUGCUCGAAGCCGUAGCGUGUCUCCGUACAGCUCUCUCGAUGAGAAUGAGAGUGAUGAUGUCCUAAGUCAGGCGUCGACCGUUGACGAAUUCCUUCUCGGCGAGAAUUAUCGACGGCCGUCGUUUCUCAAGCGAUGGAUGCAGACUCGAAUCGGUGAUUGGCCGAUUUACUCUCUGUUGCUUGCCCUGGGUCAGAUCAUGGCUGCGAAUUCGUACCAGAUUACUUUGCUUACAGGCCCACAGGGCCAGACUGCAACGAAGCUGUAUGUUCUCGGCGCAGUUUUCAUUGUAAUGUCUGGUGUCUGGUGGGGUUUGUUCCGGAUGCGGCCCUCAAAGUACGUGCUUUCGGUCCCGUUUGCUUUUUAUGGCACUGCAUUCUUGUUCGUGGGUAUGGCACCCUUCGCAAAGGCUGGGUCAGGGAGGGAUUUGGUACAGAAUAUUGCAACAGGGCUUUAUGUGGCGGCAUCGUCGAGUGGGUCGAUCUUUUUUGCGCUUAAUUUUGGGGAUGAGGGUGGCGCGCCCAUUAAGUCCUGGAUCUUCCGAGCGUGUUUGAUCCAAGGAACUCAACAGAUCUACAUCACAGCACUGUUCUACUGGGGCAGCACCAUGACAACGUCAUCAGCCAACAACACUCUCACAUCAUCGCCAAAAGCUGCAGCGAUCACGAUCCCGAUAGCUAUCUUCCUGUUCGCAAUUGGCGUCAUUCUCCUCACUUCGCUUCCUCCAUAUUAUCAUCAAUCUCCUGGGAAGAUCCCUUCCUUCUACACCACCCUCCUACGGCGAAAGAUAGUUGGUUGGUUCUUCAUCACAGUAACACUGCAGAACUACUUCCUCUCCACACCUUACGGUCGCAACUGGUCCUACCUCUGGAGUUCCCGUAUUGCGCCGCAUUGGGCAAUCGGCCUUCUCGUCCUCGCAUUCUUCGUAGCCAUCUGGUCAGCCUUCCUCUUCCUCUUCGCCAAACUCAGCAAAAACCAUUCCUGGAUUCUCCCCAUCUUUGCCAUCGGUCUCGGCGCCCCUCGCUGGGCGCAAAUGCUCUGGGGCGUCUCUGGAAUCGGCACCUGGGUACCUUGGAUGCCUGGCGGUCAAGUUGCUGGGGCUCUCGCGGGCCGCUCGUUAUGGCUUUGGCUGGGCGUGUUAGAUGCGCUCCAGGGUGUGGGGUUUGGGAUGAUGCUUUUGCAGACGCUGACGAGGAUCCAUAUUGCGGUGUCGUUGGUGUUGGCGCAAGUGUUGGGGACGGUGGUGACGAUGGUGGCGAAGGCGACGGCGCCGGAUAGGGAUGGGCCUGGGGAUGUGUUUCCAGAUUUUUCGGCGGGAGUAGUGGAGGGGUUGCGGAAGCCUUGGUUUUGGAUUGCGUUGGCUUGUCAGCUUGCUGUUCCGUUAGGGUUUUUCAAAUUUUUUAGGAAGGAGCAAUUGAGUAAGCCGUGA